AUGGAUGCUACUGCCCCACUAUUAACUGUUGCCAACAGCCAUUCUGCCCGCAAUCCAAAGCAUACGGCAUGGAGAGCAGCUUUGUAUGAUUUACAGUAUAUUUUGAAAGCAUCUCCUCUGAAUUUUCUAUUAGUAUUUGUUCCUUUAGGCCUGAUUUGGGGACAUUUCCAAUUAUCUCAUACAUUGACAUUUCUUUUCAAUUUCUUGGCUAUCAUUCCAUUAGCAGCUAUCUUGGCUAAUGCCACGGAAGAGUUGGCUGAUAAGGCUGGUAACACCAUUGGUGGACUCUUAAAUGCUACUUUUGGUAACGCUGUGGAACUGAUCGUUUCUAUCAUUGCCCUGAAAAAGGGUCAAGUGAGAAUUGUGCAGGCUUCGAUGCUAGGUAGUCUUCUCUCUAAUUUGCUGCUAGUCCUUGGGUUCUGCUUCAUAUUCGGUGGAUACAAUAGAGUCCAACAGACAUUCAACCAAACCGCUGCUCAAACAAUGUCAUCAUUACUUGCCAUUGCAUGCGCAUCUCUUUUGAUUCCUGCUGCAUUCAGAGCCACUUUACCACAUGGCAAGGAAGAUCAUUUCAUUGACGGAAAAAUAUUGGAGUUGUCUAGAGGCACCUCUAUUGUUAUUCUUAUCGUUUACGUUUUAUUCUUAUAUUUCCAGCUAGGAAGCCACCAUGCCCUUUUCGAGCAACAAGAAGAGGAGACCGAUGAAGUCAUGAGCACCAUUUCCAGGCAACCACAUCACUCUUUGAGUGUCAAGUCAUCAUUGAUGAUACUUUUAGGUACAACUGUCAUCAUCUCUUUUUGCGCGGACUUUUUAGUCGGUACGAUUGACAAUGUUGUUGAAUCUACCGGGCUUUCUAAGACAUUUAUAGGUUUAAUUGUCAUUCCUAUUGUGGGUAAUGCUGCAGAGCAUGUCACAUCCGUCUUGGUAGCUAUGAAGGAUAAGAUGGAUCUAGCGCUCGGUGUCGCUAUCGGUUCCUCUUUACAAGUUGCCCUAUUUGUUACACCAUUCAUGGUCCUUGUAGGCUGGAUGAUCGAUGUUCCAAUGACGCUAAAUUUCUCCACUUUUGAAACCGCCACUCUUUUUAUCGCUGUUUUCUUAUCCAAUUACUUAAUUCUCGAUGGUGAAUCAAACUGGUUGGAGGGCGUCAUGUCUCUGGCUAUGUAUAUUCUGAUUGCAAUGGCUUUCUUCUAUUAUCCAGAUGAAAAAACCCUUGACUCCAUCGGAAAUAGUUUAUGA